AUGGCCGCCCAGGCCGCCGCGCCGAUUGUACGCCGAAACGACCCGGGGACCACUAGAGCGCAAUGGUCCGCGUGGCCGCCGUUGGCCUACGAGGAUAUGGACAGCACGCUGAACGUGCAGCAGUACAUCCAGCAGCUCAUCAAAAUUAACCCGUUGGACGUGGACGUGAUUUUGACGCCGCUUCCUGAAAUGGAUGAAGGUGUCUGGAAAUACGAGCAUCUACGACAAUUUAUCCUUCAACUCAACUGCCUCGCCCUCCGUCUACAAGCCCAAUGCCUGGCGGAUGUCUGCCUGCAAAUGACGGCCACCGAACAGUGGAUAUUCUUGUGUGCGGCUCACAAAAAUCCGAAAGAGUGCUGCGCGAUCGAUUACACCCGGCACACCCUCGACGGAGCGGCCACGCUGCUCAACAACAGCAAAUAUUUCCCGAGCCGGGUUAGCAUCAAGGAAUCAUCGAUUUCGAAACUGGGCUCCGUGUGCCGACGGGUUUAUCGCAUUUUCUCUCACGCCUACUUUCACCAUCGGGAACUUUUCGAGAAGUUUGAGGCCGAGACGGCUUUAUGCAAAAGGUUCACCACCUACGUGACGCGGUACCUGCUGAUCGCCCAGGAGCAUCUGAUCGUGCCGAUUCUCCAGGAAUCA